AUGCGUUCCUCCACUAUUCUGCAAACCUGCCUGGUGGCCGUUCUCCCAUUCGCCGUCCAGGCCGCCUCGGGAUCCGGCAAGUCCACCAGAUAUUGGGACUGCUGCAAACCAUCCUGUGCCUGGUCCGGCAAGGCUUCUGUCAACCGUCCCGUUCUCGCCUGCGACUCAAACAACAACCCGCUGAGCGACACCAACGUCAACCUCACAUUCACUUCGGGUCCUGUUUCUGGCAAGACCUUGGUCGUCCAGUCUACCAGUACUGGUGGUGAUCUUGGCUCCAACCAUUUCGACCUCAACAUGCCCGGCGGAGGCGUCGGCCUGUUUGACGGUUGCAAACGGGAGUUUGGCGGUCUCCCCGGCGCCCAGUACGGCGGUAUCAGCUCCCGCAGCGAGUGCGACUCCUUUCCGGCCCCUCUCAAGCCCGGCUGCCAGUGGCGCUUCGACUGGUUCAAGAACGCCGACAAUCCGGAGUUCACCUUCAAGCAGGUUCAAUGCCCGUCCGAGCUCACCUCACGCACCGGCUGCAAGCGAAACGACGACUCGCAAUUCCCGGCUUUUACUCCUCCCUCUGGUGGAGGCAGCAACCCCUCUACUCCAACAACUCCCCCCCCUUCUGGCGGCGGCUCCGGAUGUACUGCGGCUAUGUACGCUCAGUGUGGCGGCUCGGGAUUUUCUGGUUGCACCAAUUGCCCAUCCGGGUUGACCUGCAAGGCCAUCAAUGAUUACUAUCACCAGUGUGCCUAA